UGCUGGGCAAUGCUGGGGCAGUGCUGGGGCAGUACUGGACAGUGCUGGGGCAGUGCUGAUUCUGCUGGCCAUGCCCGUGGGUGCAGUGGGCCCUGGGCAGUGCAGUGUGCUGGGGCUGCUGGGGUGGAGGGGGGGCAGUGCAGCGUGCUCAGCACUCUGCAUGUGCAGGCAGUGUGCAGGCACCGUACCCACUGCAGCACUCCUGCCUGCUCAGUGGGAUGUGCAUGGGCAGCAAGCAGGCAGGAUGGGCAGCAAUACCCAGGCAAUGUGUGGGUAAGGGUGGGCAGUGUGCGGGCAGGGUGCACAGGGCAGGGCCCUGGCAAGCCACCAAGAGCAGGAUGGGCAAGCAGCAGCCCUUGCCAUGUGCAGAGACAGGCAGCGAGUGGGCAGUGCCCAGGCAGUGCUGAGGGCAGCACGGGCAGGCCGUGUACUGGCAGGGCUGUGUGUAUGGGCAGCUCGGGGCAGAGCACGGGCAGAGUGUGGGCAGUGUCCUGGAAGGGUGGGCAGCGUGCAGGCAGUGCCCACUGUGGUUAUGGGGCAGGCAGGGUAUGGUGGUGGGGGUCCAUACCCCUCCCCUCACAGCCCUCACGUGGCACAUGCAGGCAGUGACCCAGUUCUGGCAUCCUCCGUGGGCCCCUCCGGCAGCGGGGUCGCCCCCGGGCCAGCCCCUCGUGCUGCCGGAGCUCACGGGUGGGAGCCAGGGCAGGACCCCACGGGGGGCGGCUCCCGGCCGCUCCGUGGGCACGGCCGCUCUGCAAGCACUGUCGGCAGGUGUCACGUCCACGGGGUGACACCGUGUGGGCACCCCGGGUAGGGAGGCUGGCGCCUGCCGAAAGUGGGCAGUGCUGGGGGUGAAGGGAGCAUCCAACCAACCGGAUGCCCGCCAGCCGGGGGUUGGAGAGCGGAGGGGAUGCAAAACCCUCUCCCUGCAGAGCUGGUGUCAGAGGCUGGUGGGAUGUGAGCAUAAUGGCACUGGCAGCACCGCGGGGCCAUCCUGGCUCUGCCUCCCUCAAUAGGCAGAGGGUUCCUGCAGCUGAGUGAGGGCUCUGCUCUCCCUGCACUGCCACAGAGCCCCAGCUCCCCGUGCAAGCCUCCCCCUGCACCCACACCGUCCCUACCCACGCCGUCCUCGCAGAGGAGGAAUAAUUUGGAGAAACCAUGGCAACCUCACAGCUCCACCGGCAGUGGGUGCUGCUGCGCUGGGAUGGAGCCACCACAGGCCCCUCGGCCACCUCAGCUCAUCCACCCCCUCACUGCUGCUGCUGGACCAGGGUGGGCUGCCGUCCUCUGAGGCUGUGUGACAGGGAACUGGCAGGAGAAGAGCUGCUUUUAAGAUGACACGAACAGACCCACCUGACAUUCUGGUGUCCACGGUGUACCAAGACAUCAAGGUGGCGACAGCAGCCCCUGGGGAUUCCGUUGUCUGUCAGCCCUUAGCACAAUGUGACGCCUCCAUGUCCUCCUCCCUGUCCCGCGAGCCGCAGCCCUUCAACAAGCGCCAUUGUAGGAGUUUCGACUUUAUCGAGUCGCUGGAAGAGCUGGGCACCCCCUCGGCCAUGGAGCGCGCCUGUCCGCGCCCCGGCGUGCCCGAGCCCACGCCGGGGCCGCCGGGCAGGCAGGUGCCAGCGAAGGCAGACCCUUACAGCGGCAGAGCCCCCGCGCCGCGCAGCGAGCCGAAGCGCCGAGCCCGCUCCAAGAGCGCCCCGCGGGUGAAGUCCACGCUGACCCCGGUGCCCAUCACCGUGGCGGCAUCACCGCCGCCAGCCCGGCGCGGGCGGGAGGUGCUGCGGGUGGCACGGGAGCCCUCCCACACGGACCCCUCGCCGCGCCGCGAGGGCCCGAUGCCGCUGCGGGCGCUGGCCAACGAGGUCCACCCCAUCAAGCUGCAGCCGCAGCGGAGCAGCGUCAGCCGCAUCUCCCCGCUCUGCCUGGGCAGCAACUGCUACGAGGAGGGGCCGGGGGCGAAGGUGGGCGCCAGCCCCCACGUCAAGUGCCGAGUGGACAUCAAGCCGGACGAGGCAGUGCUGGUGCACACGGCGCGGAGCCUGCGGGCAGCCCCGAACCGUCCGGAGCCGCCGCGCUGGCCCCGCACGCCCGGGGCCGCCCGCAGCCUGACCGUGCCGGGCAGCCGGCAGGCGUCCGCGUCCCGCACGCCCACCCCCAGCGACUCGUACAGCGGGGACCCUCCGCUGCUGCCCUACCCCGGCGAGUACUACGAGGCAGACCCGCGGGCACUGGCGUACCAGACAGUGCCCGUGCCAGCCUCACGGGAAUUCCGGGAGUACCCCGACAGGGGCUGCAUGACCUUUUCGGCCCCCGGCGUCCCAGCCAAGUUCUUCUACGCAGAGGAGUCAGCGCGGUGCCCCAGCCCUGCCAUGCCCCUCCGCAGCUCUGGCUAUGCCAGCUACCCCUACCCCAGCCGCCACGCCGUGACCCAGCCCUUCUACACCGAGGACCCGGCCAAGGCUGCCGCUCACACGAUGCCGCCCCGGACGUUGUACGUGGAGGAGGCGCGGGGUUACCCGGUGCAGGAGGCACCUGCCCGCACCUUCUAUGCGGAUGAGCCCCGCUACUACGCCCCGCGAGGGACCCCUGUCAAAACCCUGUACGCCGAGGAGGCUCGGACAUACCCAGCCCUGGGCUCCUCGCCGCGGCUGCUCUACGCCGAGGACUACGGCAAGUACCGGGAGCGGGAGGUGCUGUCGCGCACGUGCCCCCCGCCCCGCAGCGCACAGCCCCUGCACUUCGGGGACUGGUACUGCCCCGAGCGGGCCACGCUGCCCUACCAGAGCCUGCAGCUGUCCCGCUUCACCCCACAGCCGGCCGGGCGCGAGGCCAUGUUCUCCUCCUGGCACGCCAGCUACGGAGUGACUCCACCGCGGCUGGGCCGGGAGACCCAGCACUACUCCAAAUCCUGGGAUAACAUCCUGGCGCCGGCAGCACGCAGGGAGGAGGCCCUGCUGCGUGGGCGCAGCUACGAGAACCUGCUCGCCCAUGAGGAGCACCGUGCCUUAUCCCCCGAGGAGCGCCGGCAGCCUGUGGUGAUCAACCUGUCAAGCUCGCCCAAGCGCUACGCGGCCCUGUCCCUCUCCGAGAGCUCCAUCCUCGAGCGGGUGCACGCCGACGGCAGCCGCGGGGCCCCGGGCCGCUCCUGGUAUGUCACGCCGGAGAUCACCAUCACCGACAACGACAUCCGCGCCGAGGGGCUGGGCCGCAGCGACAGGCGCUCGGCCAGCUGGGACAUGCUGGACGCGGGGCGGGAGUGCCGGCCCUACGCCGUGCCCUGUGCCCCCCAGCCCAGCGCCAGGGAGAGCGGCUCGGGGCGCCAGCGCAGCCUGGAGCAGCUGGACGAGCUCAUCACCGACCUUGUCAUUGACUACAAGCCGGCACCGGGCCACCGCUCCGGGGACAGGGACAGCCUCGCGGAGCAGCUCAAGCAGCUGCUGAGCACUGGCGCCUCGGGGCCCCCCCGGCGCGGCGAGACCCCCAGGCGGGUCUCUCAAAAUGUGCCCGAGGGACCCCGACCCACAAAGGAGCAGCCGGGCCCCAGCUCCCAUGCCGGCACCCCGCGCCGGCCGCCGGCCGCCGGCCCCUUUGAAAAGUCACCGGAGAACUGCUCGCCCGACCUGAGCGCUGAGGAGGACGACAUGAUGAUGUGCUCCAACGCCAAGUGCCGGCGCACAGAGACCAUGUUCAACGCCUGCCUCUACUUCAAAUCGUGCCACAGCUGCUACACCUACUACUGCUCCCGGCACUGCCGGCGCGAGGACUGGGACACGCACAAGGCCAGCUGCGUCUACGGGCGGGUGGGCAGCGUCUGCCGCCACGUCCUGCAGUUCUGCCGCGACAACACCGAGGUGCACAAGGCUUUCUCACGCAUCGCCAAGGUGGGAUACCUCUCCCGUGGCCGUGGCGUGCUCUUCCUGGGCUUCCCCAACGCGGGCUCUGCUGAGAACUUUCUCCAGUUCGGGCUGGAGAGCCUGCUGAUGUCCCCCACGUACCUGUCCCUGCGGGAGCUGGACAGCUACUCGGACAACCUGGGGGAGUAUGCCCAGGAGCUGCGGGAGACAGGCAACCAGUACGACCCCAACGAAUGUUUCCUGCUGAAUGUAACCGUGGCCGUCACUCAGAAAGUGCCAGAGAGGCCGUCACCGAAGAUGCAGGUGCCGACGGUCAGGAAAUAUGCCAAGGUGGCCUUAGCCUCCUCCAGCCCCGAGAAGAAGAUCUUGAAGAAGGAGCGGGACAUGGAAACGUUGAUCCUGACGCCACCGCCCGGCACGGCGGACAUCGACAAGGAGGGGGAGGAGGGCCGGAAGGCACGGGAGGUCUGCUUCAUCAACAUCCAGCGGGAGCUGCGCAUCCGCGGCGUCUUCCUGCGGCACGAGUUCCCCGCUGUCUACGAGCAGCUCUGCGACUUCGUGGAGAGCAACAAGCGCUUCACCCCCACCACCAUCUACCCCAUCGACAAGAGGACGGGCAAACAGUUCAUGUGCAUGAUUAUGGCGGCCUCCGAGCCUCGCACCCUCGACUGGGUGGCCAGCCCCAACCUCCUGGACGACAUCAUGUGAACGCAGGGCGGGGGCAGCCCCUCUGUAGAUACGCGCUGUCCUGUCAGACCCCCUCGGCUGUUACACCAAGGGGAGGGGGCUGCGGGCAGCCGGCAGUGCUGGGGGGCCGGGGGGUGGCGGAGCACAGCCCGAGGUGUGCCCUGGAGCCCAGAGCCCGGCGAGCCCCCCAGAGCCCCUCGGGUGAGCGGUGCUCGGCCGGAGCAGGGGCGCUCCGCAGCCCCCGCCCCGCCCGCCAGGCUGCCACAACCCAGAGCCCCCCGGGCCUGCCCCGGCUCCCUCAGCACGGGGGUCCCGCACGGCCAUACCCAGCCCUGGGGCUGGGCGGCACCGGGAGCGUGUCCGCGCCGCGUCGGUGCAGCCCGGGCCUGCUCCUGCGGGAGCCUCGGUGCUGGGCCCUGCCAGCCCACGCG